CACCAUCAGCCAGUCUGCUCUCAGUCACUCUGCCUGCGCACAGCUCAUGCUCCACAUCCUAUAGCAGCCUCAGCCUCAGCCUCUCUCUCUCUCUCUCUCUCUCUCUCUCUCUCUCACACACACACACACACACAGUCACUCACACUCCUCUCAGCUGCUGCAGGAACAGCAGCCGCUUGAGCUCUGAGCAAAGAGGAGAAAGAAACACAAGAAGAAGUAGAAGAAGAGGAACCCGAUGAGGAUGAGUGUGUGCGGUGUGCCGGCAGUUCGCUGCUGCUGUCCCACACAGACCACACGGAACUUCACAGCCCCUCUGCUUCUCCUCCUCCUGCUCUUGAGCAGCAGCAGCAGCAGCAGCAUCGGGUCCGUCCCCUCUGCCUUCCAGCUGGCGCCGGACACCCCGGCCCCGGCAGAGCCCACCCCAACCCAGGCAACACCUCGUCCGGACCCCUGCGAGGGACGACCCUGCCUCAACGGAGGGGUCUGCCUGGCCCUGCCAUCCUCCGGCAGGCUAGAGGACACCUGGAAGUACACCUGUACGUGCAGCCAGGGCUUCACCGGACGCAACUGUGAGUUCUUCACAGACCCGUGUGCCAGCAGCCCCUGUCUCCAUGGAAACUGCAGCCGGAGCGACGGCGGGGAGGCGGGGGAGUACACCUGUGAGUGCACUGAAGGCUACGAGGGGGAGAGGUGCGAUCAGAUCCUAUUGGACCUGCCGGCCGCCGACUGGGACCCCGCCACCCCCUCCGCUCCUGAACUGGCCACCCCCGUCGCCUCCACCACCGCGGCCGCCACUCAGCCGCCGCAGCCAACCACCACCCCCUCCACCACAACGCCGCCACCUCCCACCCUGCAGCCAUGGCAACCCAAACCCGGCCAGAGGCUGCUGGUGGUGCCGUGGGAGGCGGACAGGGUGACGGAGGGGCUGCACUGUGUGAGUCCUGAGCUGUGUGAGCUGACAUCAGGAACUCUGACUCUGUCUCUGGAAGUGCCCGAGGAGACGGCUGUAAAGGUGGUGGUGAACGCCAGUGGAGCUCCGGUGCUGUGGCGUGUGAAUGAAGAGGGUUUCCUCCGUUCCUCCAUUUCGAACGGCACCACGAUGUGGUUCCUGCAGGCCUCCGAUGGACUGAUGGUGCCAGACCACUCGCUGCCCCUGGGACAGAACUACUUCCUCAGUGUGUUGCACGUGGGCACCCCCACCGCCCCGGAGGUCACCCUGCGUCUCAACCUGACUGUGAAGGCCAGCAGCUGCGUGGAGCCCGGCAGCAGCUUCAGUGACCCUCAGUGCUCCGGGAAGGGCAAAUGUAUCACGCAGCCCUCCGAGAGCACUUUCUUCUGUGAGUGUGAGGACGGCUACACUGGAAUCUUUUGUGAGGAAUUCGACGCCUGCCACCGCCGACCCUGUCGCAACAACGCCACCUGCACCGACGUCAGGCAGGGGGGUGAAGGACACAACUUCACCUGCACCUGCCCCCCAGGUUAUGAAGGGGAGCGCUGCCAGUUGCUGGUGGACCACUGUCUCUCUCAGCCCUGCAAGAAUGGAGCCACUUGCUUCAGCAGCCUGGCCGGGCCCCGGUGCUACUGUCCCGAAGGCUACCAGGGUGCUACGUGUGAGCAGAAGGUGGACCCGUGCGCCUCCAGCCCUUGUCACAAUAACGGGACAUGCUACGCCCAGGGCCCCGGCCCCCUGGGGUUCGGCUGUAGCUGCACAGCGGGCUUCACCGGCCCUACAUGUGCCCAGCUGGUGGACUUCUGUGCCCUGAACCCCUGCGCCCACGGGGUCUGCCGCAGCGUGGGCAACAGCUACAGGUGUCUGUGUGUCCCAGGCUACCACGGCUUGUACUGUGAAGAGGAGUACAACGAGUGCCUGUCUGCCCCCUGCCAGAACUACGCCACCUGCAGGGAUCUCAUCAACGCCUAUGAGUGUGUCUGCACAACACAGUUUGAAGGUAGACACUGUGAAAUCUACAAGGAUCCUUGUCUGAAGAUGCACUGCCAGAAUGGAGGCCACUGUGAGAGUGCGGGACUCAACGUCUCCUGCGCCUGCCCACCUGGAUACCUGGGGGAGAAGUGUGAGGUCGACGUCAACGAGUGCGAGAGCAACCCUUGUCACCACGGAGGCACCUGCGUUGACCAGUCAAAUAGCUUCACCUGUCACUGUCCACCUGGGUGGGUGGGGCCCAGCUGUGAGAUCCACCUGCAGUGGAAGCCGGCACACACCGAGGACACCCUGACCAACAUGCCCCGUCACUCUCUCUACAUCAUCAUCGGAGCGCUGUGUGUGGCCUUCGUGCUCAUGCUCAUCAUCCUCAUCGUGGGCAUCUGCCGCAUCAGCCGCAUCGAGUACCAGGGCUCGUCGCGCCACGCCUACCAGGAGUUCUACAACUGUCGCAGCAUCGACAGCGAGUUCAGCAACGCCAUCGCCUCCAUCCGCCACGCCAGAUUUGGCAAGAAGUCCAGGCCCGCCAUGUACGAUGCCACUCCCAUCGCCUAUGAAGACUACAGUCCUGACGACAAGCCUUUGGUCACCCUCAUCAAGACGAAGGAUUUGUAAAAACACAAGUUAUACACACACACACACACACGUACACACACACACACACACAUAUGCAGGUCAGUAUACAUCUUAAAGUAUUUCUUAAGAAAAAAAAAUAACAGCAAAACAAAAUUGAAUGUAAAGUGGAGAAAAAAUAAUCCAAAACAUACUCUGUAGUUUAAAAAGAACAAAUCUGGAAUUUGAUAUACGUCUAUUUUCCUGUCAAAGUCCACGAUAAGGCUUUAUUGUAGCAUAAGAGCGUACUUUGCAUUACUUAAGUUAUUGAUGAUGGCCGACACUACAAGAGCGAUGACUUUAGUCUGCACCAGACUGUCUGCCAGCAGCCCACCAGCCUAAAUUUCUACGUGUAAACUCAGCAGACAGCGCUGAUGGCAGUCCGUACAGGUGUGGUAGAAAUAGGUGCAUUCCUCUUGGUGCAUACACUGUCUCUUUUUCUAUAUCUAAAAAAAAUCUGCAGUAGGUUGCCUUACUCCGUGCAUGGAUAGAUUAGAUGUUCUCUCUGUAUUAUUUUAAAAUCCUUUGUACUUGAUUGUUGUUGUUUUCUUUUCUUUCAUUGCAGAUGUAUUUCGCUCUGUCAAGAUUGUACCAAAUAUCUUUUUUUUUUGGGGGGGGGGGGAGUAAUUUGUGGUUAGUAGAUCAAAUACACACAUGUAUAAAAUACUAGUCACACUUUCUUUUUGAAAAUACAUAUCGUCCUGUUAUUUACAUGCAAGUUUCUCAAUGGUGUAUGAGUAGUAAAGACAGUUUACAGACUUCUGUGAGCCUACCGUCCUACUGUAUGUAUUUCAGUGAUAUUUAGGAUAGUAGGUAGGUAUAUUUCUCAAUGCACAGACACAUAGUUGGUUUUACUCAGUGUGCACAAUCACCUCUAGUAUUGGCAGUGUUGAAUAGUUUCAGGGGGAGAGUUUCUAUCCUGGCUUUAGGGUGUAGAAGAGGGAGGAGGAGGGACGAUAUCUACUCCAGAAUAAAUGUGCUUCUGUGUCCUGCCAAUGGAAAAACGCUCUGUUCGUGCAGCUGUGUUGUUCCUCUCAAGGUCAAGCAAUGUUUUACCAAUAGGCUCAGCUAAUCCUCUGUUUUAUUUCUCUCUCAUUUUAAACACAUUGACCACAUGAUUACCUAUUAUCUAUGUUGAAUGAUGUAAACAAUAAAGAUUCAAGUGAACAUAACCUUCA